AUGUGGAAGAACCUUUUGGAAGCAGAUGGUAUUCCUACCAUCUCUAAUGCUGAAUCCCCCUAUUCUCAGCUAUUCAUGGAAGUUGUGUUCCCUGUUGUGAGAAUAUCUUGCACUAAUAUUUGGCAGGCAAGGCAACCUGAACCAAUGAUUCUUUUUUUGGAAUUAUGGGAGAAGCUAUUGCCUCCAGCAGUCCUUCAGACCAUAAUGGAAAACAUUGUCUUGCCCAAGUUAUCUGCUGCUGUGGACUCCUGGGAUCCACGUCGAGAAACAAUUCCUAUCCAUUCCUGGGUUCAUCCAUGGCUACCCUUGUUGGGUCAGAAGUUGGAGAGCUUCUAUUUUACCAUACGUAGUAGAUUGAAAAGUGUGUUACAUGCUUGGCAUCAGGGGCGGAUCUACAUGGGAGUGAGGGGUUCACCCGAACCCCCUCAAUCGAAAAAUUACGUUGUAUAUAAAAGGUUAAAUUUGAAUAUUAUGGAUAUAUACCCUUUAAUGAACCGCCUUAGUGCAAUUGAAAAGAAUGGCUUAGCGACUGUGUUUGAUUCCAUUAACUGGGAAAACCUGAUGGUCAGUUUUAUCGUUCCAAAGUUGAAUGCAGUCAUGAAGGACUUCCAAAUCAAUCCAGAAAUUCAGUAUGUUGAUCAGUUCUAUUGGGUUCUCACUUGGGCUACUGUUGUUCCCAUUCAACACAUGAAUCAGGUGAUGGAUAUCUUCUUGCAAGAAUUUUUGUGCUGUUGGUUGCAUUCAAGCCCGGAUUUCGAGGUAGUGACCAAAUGGUUCUUGGGAUCGAAAGAAAUUCUACCACCUGAACUUUUGGCAAAUGAACAUGUUUGCUGUAGACUAAGUCUUGGUCUGGGCAUGAUGAACCAGGCUAUUGAAGGCUUGGUGGAGUUCCCAUCUGGUGGGGACCUUGAGAGGUUGAAGGACAUUAUUGAAGUGCAUGCGCAGAAGAAUUGUUUGCUGUUCAAGCCUAAGACUGGCAGAACGCAAGAUGGUCAUCAGAUAUAUGGUUUUGGUAACAUUAGCAUAAUCAUAGAUUCUUUCAACCAGAAGGUAUUUGCACAUAUUGAGGAUCGGUGGUGUUCUGUGUCACUUGAUCAGCUGGUGGACCUGCAAAAUCUAUCUGAUUUGAAGUCGCGUUAG